AUGGGCUCUUCUGACUAUGUUCUCUACCAAUAUACACCCAGCCUGGUGGCGGCUGUGAUAUUCGCUGCCAUAUUCUUUUUGACUACUGCAUUCCACCUGUGGCAACGAGUUCGCAGCCAUGCAAAAUAUUUCAAUCCGUUCAUUGUUGGGGGUAUCUUGAUCGGAUACGGGGCUCGUGCAGUUUCUCACUUUCACCCAAAAUCUACCACGGUUUACGCUAUCCAAAACCUCUUGGUUCUGCUCGCCCCGACUCUAUAUGCCGCCUCGAUCUACAUGGUUCUUGGGAGAAUCAUCCUAUUUCUUCGUGGCAAACACCUCAGCUACGUGCCGGUGAAAUACCUGACCAAGAUUUUUGUCUUGGGUGAUGUCCUCUCUUUCAUUCUUCAAGGUGCCGGAGGCGGUGUCAUGAGCAGCGGGACGGCGAGCCUCCUUGCGGUCGGUCAAUGGAUCAUCGUCGCGGGUCUUUGCGUCCAGCUCCUCUUCUUUGGUGCUUUUCUUAUUACCUCCAUCUGCUUCCACUGCCGCAUUGCUCGAUCGCCAACCCAAGAGGCCCAGAGAGCGAUCGGUAAUUCCGGAUUAUUUUCCCGCGACUGGAGAGGUCUGCUGUUUGCUCUCUAUGUUGCGAGCAUUUUGAUUUUGAUCCGGAGUAUCUAUCGCGUUGUUGAGUUUGUACAAGGGAACGGUGGCUAUCUGAUCAGCCAUGAAAUUUUCUUGUAUGUUUUUGAUGCCGCAAUGAUGUUCCUGGUCAUGAUUGUGAUGAACUUCUUCCAUCCCUCGGUGGUAUUGUGUGACAGUGGGGUGUCGGUCUCCACCGAACUCAAGAGGACCAGCGGUCACUUCCAGAACGAGUCGCUUGUUUAA